CAAAAACGGAAAACAAUUGAAUAAAAGUAAACAAUUUUUUUUUUUUUUUGCUGAAAUGACGACAUUGGUUGAACAGCUAAUUUCGAAAAUGGGUCUUGGCGAAGAGCCCAAUGUAUUAGAGAAAACAACGGAGCUCCUCAGAUUGCUAGAGCUUCGAUCGACAAAUGUUCCUCUGCAAAUAAAUGAAUAUGGAAAAAUAGUAUUGUGCGCGGAUAUUGCUUGCAGUGUGUUAGAUAUUGGCUUUGACAAAGAGCAGGCGCUUAAACUCUCCGCAUUGCGUAAAACUCACUAUGCCAAUAACAAGCGAAUGUUUGAGAAAUUGCUUGAACUGAAUAAAUUGGCUAGCAUCAAAGAUAUUUGUGUGCAGCUCAGCUUGAACGAGGUCGCACAUAAGGCGGAAGAUAUCCUAGCUAUGUUCAAAAAGUUCGCACGUGACGAUGCUGAUCCAGAUCAUCCACAAUAUGCCGCAAUGGCCGUAUUCCACGCCUGUCGCCUGCUAAAGAAGAAAGUAUCCAAGUCCAAAUUAAUGCCAUUUAGUAACUUGCGACCCACACAAUGGCAGCAGCUUGAGCAACAAUUUGAGCGCCUGAUCGCAAAACAUUUAAAGGAUUCAAAUGUGACGACGGCGGGCGUAAAAAACAAACUCACACAGCAGGAGGAGCAGAAUGUUCUGAGCAAGAAGCAGAAGAGUAGCGAAAAGACUGAAAUCGAAGAAUAUGAAAAAUGGAAGAGUCGAAUGCUAGCAACAGCUGAGGCUAAACUCAAAGAACUGGAAAGCAUCGCUUAGCAAUAAUAAGAGAGAAUCA